UUAACCUCCACCCAUGACACUCCACCACAGCACAUCCUUUUGCCUGUGCAAUAAAAUGAUUUGGCUGGCGGUUGAUGGUGAUUGCCGGGUGCGCAUUGUCUCAGACCACAGACGUUCAAAGCCAGAACAGUUGUUUUGUACUUGGCAGUGUGAAUCUGUGUAUCUCUUCCUGUUCUCCCUUUCAAUAAUUGCGUCGAGGAAUUUUUUUUUGAAAUCGUGGCUACUGGAAAACAUUAUCGGACUAAAAUGGAGAUUUUACUUCACGCUAAAAAGAAAGUCUUCCAUAUGUCUUGUCUGUAUAGCCUAAGGAAUAACAAAAUAUGGACUUUCCAGGAAAUUUCUUAAAAGAGUAUAUUACAGGUUCAGAAACGUGCAUAUAAACCAUGUGUUUAAAAAUGUGCAGUGCAUUUUGAUCCAAAGGCAUCUCAGUUACCGAGUAUGGGGAAAGAAAGAGGUUAAAACAUUGCAGUUUUACUUCAGUCUUCAAAGUUUUCCUUCGGCCGUGAGGGUAGGAGGUUGGGAAACCUAGGAAAAUCUUAAAAUAAAGCAACUGAAUGUGGUGCGUUGGAAAUAGAUUGCUUAACGUUGUGAUAAAGUUGCUUUAUUUCAUGAAGUAUUGUAUGAUUUUAAACGAAAUAUUUGAUGUGUUUUUUCUGUGAUUGUUUACUAAUGCCUUGUAAUACACACUGGGAAAUCAACAAGGGAGUUUCAAAAAUGUAGGCAACCAAUGACCUUCCCCAUGCGGUUACCUAUGAGUCGCUCACUCAAUGACUGAUAUUGAUAUAUGCUAAUUUUUUUUACCGGAUCACAUGACACAAUUACCUCAAGAAUCGAUCAAGAUGAAUUGCACGUCAGCGUACGUUUCCGAUUUUUUCUUCCUUGCGAGUCCUAUCCACACGCAUAUGGUGCAAUAGAUGGGCAAAGUUUAACAGUCAAGCAGACGAUUUUUCCUCUAAGGCUAAAGCGAGCAAUGACGGACUACGAUGAUCGCAGCAGCUGUGCAUCUAAUAUGUAUUUACCUUACUAUGUUUCUGCUCCAGAUUUCUCGUCGGUCUCGCCGUUUUUACCACAAACUACGUCGUGUCAAGUAAAUUUCCCUUAUUCUUCCAACCUAGCGCAAGUCCAACCUGUUCGUGAAGUGACUUUCAGGGACUAUGGACUGGAUCAUCCGAGCAAAUGGCACUACAGGGGCAAUUACGCUUCAUACUAUUCAACGGAGGAGAUAAUGCACCGAGAUCUCCUGCAGUCAUCAAAAAGAGCGGAAAUGAUUUUUAAAAACGAUUCCAUGUAUAGCCAUCACGGUGGUACUAACUCCUCGUGCAAUUUCUUCACCAACGCCGGCCGAAAUGGGGUACUUCCACAAGGAUUUGAUCAAUUUUUUGAGACUGUAAACUCUGAGAAGCCCAACCCUGAGCAGUCCAAACAAAAGCCAGAUACGAGUGUCCCCGGAGAUGCUGCAUGCAAUGUGUCUACAGACAGCGCGGAGCAGACAAAACGAGACCCUACGGAAACCAUAGAGGAGGAAUCCUCAAUAUCAACCUGCGAUGAAGAGAAGAACAACGAAUCAAGUGCAACAAAGUCCAGAAAAAAGAGAUGCCCAUAUACGAAAUACCAGAUCCGAGAACUUGAACGAGAAUUCUUUUUCAAUGUGUACAUAAACAAAGAGAAACGUCUGCAUUUGUCAAGAAUGCUCAGUCUUACGGACCGACAAGUGAAGAUUUGGUUCCAGAACCGAAGGAUGAAAGAGAAAAAGUUGAACCGAGAUCGUCUCCAGUAUUUCACUGGAAAUCCAUUGUUCUGAAAGCCAUGAUAUUGGCCGGGACGAUGAAGCGAUGGCUAUUCUAUUAUGACAUAAUUGUGGGACAUCAUCCAUUCGUCGGACACCUGGGUUAUUUUCACGUCAACUCUGUAUUUUAGAACUAUGCAAAAUAUUUUGCUGUCAAAAAUUAAUGUGAUCUGCGAAUAAAUUCUGCACAAAUGAUCUACAACAGUGUAUUCGCGAUGACGGAAAUUAUCAGUUAUCCGGAACAUAUAGGUACCUCGACAAUCUCUUCAUACUCUGUGUUAAUGCCACUGAAAUGCAGUAGCUUUGUAUUUGUAUUUAUUUAUUGUGUUUUGCAUUGUCCCAUGAAAUACAUUCAAGUUCUGCAUAAGCAACAAUGCGUUUGGUUACAUCAAAUCAGUACGUAAUUACAUUGAGGUAGAACUGUGUAUGCAUUUAUUCGUUUGAAGCAUGUAAUGUAUCUAUGUAUUGAAUAAAUAAAAAAAAUACACCAUAUUUCUAUCUAUUGCUGUGACGCCUCUUGUGUGUGAUAGUGCGCGUGUAAGUCAGCCACAGAAUUCGUUAUUUAAAAGUUAUUUGUUGUUAUUAAAUAACAUUCAAGUUAUUUAACAGAGUUGCAUUUCUAACUGUGCGGCCUACUUAUUUUUCAAAGGAAUACUAAAUGUUUUUGAUUAUUACAGGGGAAGAAGGAACGUGAGGUAGACAGAGAACUAUUUUCAAUGGUAACUUUAUAGGUCUUUGACUAAUUCCUUUCCUUAUAUGUUGUUUUACACUUAGGCUAUUUACUAAACCUUGAACAGUCUAGACAGUACAAUAAACUCGGGGCAGUAAAUUAAAUUGGGGCUAUUGGACCCUCUAUCCACUUCAACUGCGACUUUGCCCUGAAACACAAAGGGUGCAGAUGUUUUGUUUUUCUGUAUAGAAAGAUGUGAACUUAGUAUGUGUUAAAAUAAAAGUGAAGAUAUAAUAAUAAAAAAAGUGUUAUGUCUUGAAAUCCUCAAUUUGAAAUUCUGCGCAUCACACAUCACCGCAUUUCUACAAGCUGUACCGAGUAGCUUUAUGACACAUGCAGCACGGUAAUACUUACAGUAACUGGCUUUUCCACAGUGGUUUACAAAGUUAGAUGUCUUCAACAAAUGUAAAACUUAAAAUGAAAUAUUGCAUUUGAACUUCUGUAAUGUCAAGGUCGUCACCCUUAACCUUUUUGAAUAAGUAAAGGCGCCUUUUUGAGGUUCUCUUUGAAAAACUACGCCCUCUCAGAGGCGCCGCAGUGCAGCACGGUCCAAUAUGGCCGCUGCAUCCACUCACACUGACCUGCCUUUAAAGGCCUCCAUACAGCUACCUCUUACAGGGCUACAGGCAGCUACACGUAGACGCCGUUUGGCUGUGAUAUGCUGUAAAAUAAAAUCAUAUAAAUACAAUCGUAUCACUUCCUCCACAAGGGGUUUCUUUCAUAACGAGGAUUUAGGCAAGAGCACCAAUGCAGUAAUAUAAGGCUACUGCGAGUGUUUCGGUGGUGUUUUCUUAAGAGUAUACUAAAAGAAAAGACUUAAAUUGUUUGUUGAUAAUUAUCUCAUCAGUAGACAUAUAUUUAAGAAGCGACUACCUCUGUGGAGGCAGAAUAUACUGGAAACACAAAUUUGAGUUCUGUAAGUGCUACGCAUACUAACUAGUUUUUCCCCCCUAGAUGUGAGUUUCCUCAUUGCUUUUUUUUUUUAUUAUUUUAUUUUUUUUAGCCGUGUAUACAAUAUACCCAGUUCACUUCAAUAUUGUUGUGUGUUUUAUAAUUUAUUUCCUGGCAUAAUAACGAAUCUUAGACAUCCCUUUGUUUAUUUACAUUUUGUUGAUACUGCUUGAAGCCACGAGAGGGCGAAAUUACAGCAAUGAUUUGACCUGGUGCUGUGUGUAAUCCAAGUGUAGCUGUUCUCAAAAACAAUGACUAUGAUCUUCAGCGGAGUUAUGGGAUCUAAUAUAAUGUUUUAACGCCCGCACACUGUUAAUGGCAAUACGUUAUUAUUGCUAUUCACUCUUAUCCUUAAUUAGAUUUAUGCUGUAUUAUUUUUCAAAACAACCAAAAAAAAAAAAAAAAAAAAAAAAAAAACACACACACACAAAAAAAAAAAUUGAAAACCCAGAAAAUAUAUUUUAGUUGCGCACGGAGGAUUUUUUACUUGGGAAGACAAUUUCAGUAUACAUCUGCCUAGUCUCAGUGCCUUUUACACGCUUUAACAUUUGGUUAUACAGUCCCUUUUUUUUCUUUCUUUUUUUUUCUCAAUAAAGAGAUCAUACAUAAACAGAACCGCUACCAUUAUUAUUAUUAAAACUAUUAUGAUUG